AUGAAGAAAAUGGAUGCGUUUAGAAGCUAUUUUAUUAUUUUUAUUCUUUUCGCUGCAGCCUUAUUUUUAAGAAAUUGGUCACUUUUGGUGGUUGUUAUGCUUUGUUCUUUUGCUUUUUGGAAGUAUCGUUUACAGCUGGGUAAAACAAGGAAACAGUUGAUGAGUGAAGAGGAAAUGGAAGCUAGGAUAACUGCUUGGGAGCCUUUGCCUCUAGUUCCAGAAACUUGUGAUUCUAAUAUACGUGAACCUCAAACAAUUGAAGGGAAGAUAACCAAAUAUGUCAACAUUAAUAGAAAGGAGUGUCUAAAUAUGAUCUCUUCUGAUUUUUAUGGAUUAAUUGGAAAUGAAAGAAUUGAGGAAGCAGCAAAAAAUACAAUAUUUAAAUAUGGUGUUGGUUCUUGUGGUCCUCGCAAUUUUUAUGGAACUGUUGAUGUUCAUUUAAACUUGGAAAAACAAUUGGCAGACUUUUUGGGUUGUGAAGAAGCAAUUUUGUAUAGUUAUGGAUUUGCUACUAUUGCUAGUGCUAUCCCUGCUUAUUCAAAAAAGGAUGAUUUGAUUUUUGUUGAUAAAAGUGUCAAUUUUUCUAUUCAAAAAGGACUACAAGCUUCAAAAAGCAAAAUUAUUUGGUUUAACCACAAUGAUAUGGAUCAUCUUGAAAGGCUUUUAGAAGAACAAUCACUUGCUGAUUCAAAAAAUAAAAAGAAGGCUGCUACAAUACGUAAAUUUAUUGUUGUUGAAGGAAUUUAUGCAAACACUGCAGAUUUAUGCCCUUUGGAUAAAUUGGUUGAAUUUAAAUGGAAAUAUAAGGUUCGGAUAUUUGUUGAUGAAUCUCUUUCUUUUGGUGUAUUAGGAGAAAAUGGAAAAGGUGGGUGA